AUGUCACAAAACCGCGCCCCUUCGCAAACGCGUCUCCCGUCAAGGGCUCGAUCACGCUCUCCCGUAGCCUCCAGACCAACAACACCACUUCGACCAUCAUCGCGCUCCUCGUUCCGAACAUCACAGAACAACACCUUCAGCGGGCCAUCGCCGCUCGACGCCUUCGAGCCCCAAUUUGCCGAACUCAGCGACUCGAUGGCCGACCUCGAAGCGAACCUGAUGCAUCUCCAGCUCAUGCACGAGAGCCUCAGCCGGUUCGGAGAGAGUUUUGCGAGUUUCCUCUACGGACUGAACAUGAAUGCAUUCGUCGUGGACUUCCCCGAGGUAAGUGAAUGGAUUGCUCCCGUCUUGAUACAUCUACAGUACUCGUCCAAUCCAUGCUCUAUUCAACCCGACAUUCUGACCCAAGCGCAUGUUUUGUUCUUUCAGGCACCACUCCCAGAAUCCAUCAAGCGAUACCAGAAGCGACAGCGAGCUCAAGAGGGUGGAGCGGUGGACGACACGACGAUCUUGACCGGCGGCGGCGAUGGUAAGACCGGCGACGCGGAGACGACAUUCAUGGGGGCCGAUGCCAGCUUUGCGAGUCUCAAGGCCACGCCACGUCGGAGGACCAUCGGGUCGACAGUGACGCCCAGCACGGCUUCAACCGCCAAACAGAGUACGACAUCCUCCUCCUCAACGCGUGGCGGCAUUCCGAGUAGGGCUGUCAGAGGUGUCAACCGUGGUGGGAGAGGGAGUGGCCUGCCGCGUGGGAGAGGUCGAGGUGUGAAGUAG